GAUUUUGAUAAGUUUGAUUACAAUAGACGCAGGUCAGUCUCUUAUUUUAAGUCUCUCAUUGAUUAAGACGACGCUCAAUGUUGAGUGCUUGUUUCUAGGCGCUGCUGGUGUAACUUUGUGUUUGGUCCACAUAUAAAAGUGAAAUUGCAUAUCGUUUACAAAGUAAUUACUGGUAUAUUGGUCAUAAACAAUACAAGGCUCGUUCUGCAUUGGUCGAGGACAACAUAAAUUUGUUUACGUUCCCAUUUUACUUUUUUACGCAACGCAAUCUAUUUCUUUAAACCUGUAAUCGAUGGAAUUAUGCCAUGUACAAUAAAUUUGUUUGCUAAGACAUUCACGCUUAACUGUUUAUUCGUGUUGUCCGUUUUUUUAAUCGUUCAGAAUGUCUAAUAAGAACGCCUAUAACUGGAUCCGUACCUGUUGAAAAGCAUUCGCGCCAGUGUGGAUUUUGAGUUUUAAUUUGUAUCUAUCCAAAAAUCUGCCUAGCAUUUCUCCUAGUUUGGUGUGAUGUUAUCUAUAAGUGUUUUAAUUACUAUCUGUUUGAAAUUCUGGACAGUUGAAUGUCUUAAUAAUGGUUUAGCCCUUACACCUCCCAUGGGAUGGAUGACAUGGGAAAGAUUUCGUUGUAUAACAGACUGUGAACUGUAUCCAAAUGACUGUAUAAGCGAAAAAUUGAUCAAAAGGCAAGCAGAUCUCAUGGUGUCUGAAGGAUAUUUGAAGGCUGGUUACGAAUACAUAGUUGUUGACGAUUGUUGGAUGGAUAAGGAAAGAGAUUCCGAUGGACGAUUGAAACCUGCCCCGAAACGCUUUCCCAAUGGGAUAAAAGCUCUUGCUGAUUACGUUCAUAGCAAAGGGCUAAAGUUCGGUAUUUAUGAAAAUUUUGGAACUUAUACUUGUGCAGGUUAUCCUGGGAUGUUUGAACAUGUAGAAAUUGAUGUCGAAACUUUUGCUUCAUGGGAAGUUGACUAUAUUAAAGUUGAUGCUUGCUAUUCUUACAAAACACUUUCGGCAAUGGAAGAAGGUUACAUUCACCUAGGACAACUCCUUAACAAAACGGGUAGACCAAUUGUUUAUUCCUGUAGUUGGCCGGCCUAUUUUGAACCAUUUGGGAUCCAAGCGAAUUAUAGUGUUUUAGCAAAGGCCUGUAACUUAUGGCGAAAUUGGGAUGACAUAGACGAUUCAUGGGGCAAUGUAACCAAUAUAUUAAAGUGGUUCAGUAAAAAUCAAGAUCGAUUAAACCCAUACCAUGGGCCAGGGCAUUGGAAUGACCCCGACAUGUUACUUCUUGGGAACUUUGGAUUGAGUUAUGACCAAAGUAAAGCGCAAAUGGCCAUUUGGGCGAUAAUGGCAGCACCUUUAUUAAUGUCGACGGAUUUGAGCACAGUCGAACCAAGAAUAAAAAACAUUUUGCAGAAUAAGGAAGUGAUUGCAAUAAAUCAGGAUUCAUUAGGAAUGCCUGGGGUUUUAAAAAUGACGGUUAAAAAGAUAGACGUUUGGAUGAAACCUAUUCUCCCAAUUGUUGAAGGAUCUCACACAAUUGCUGUUGGAUUUUUAAGCAAUAGAAUCGAUGGGUAUCCUUAUAAAGUGGAUGUCCGUCUUAGUGAUUUAGGACUUCACCAUCCCAGAGGUUACGUACUUUCGAAUAUAUUUGAUACUUUUGAGCCUAAUAUUUACUACUCUGUAGACACUUUAACUGUAAAAGUUAAUCCAUCCGGUGUAGUCUUACUAAAAUUGACCCCUGCGUCGGAAGAAAUUGACGUUUAUUACUAAAAACUAAAAUCUACAAAAAUUACAUUUUAAACAAUGACAAUAAUAGACAAUUUUUUUUUAUUUUCCUGCAACUUAAAACGGAUCGUGAUGUUUCAAACGUAAUCGUUUAAAUUUACAUUACGCUCCCAAUUUAUUACAAAUAACGCAAGUGCUAAGUCUCAAAUAACUAAUCGUUUUUCAUUACGUACAAUCAACUGGACAAUUAUUGCGUUAUUUGUAAUUUUUAAAAUGGAUUCCAAAAAAGGAAAAACUGAUUCAACAGUCACUACUUUUUUUGAAAUGUAUCAAUAUAUUACUGUG